AUGACUGAUCGAUCUAGGACCACAAGUUUUCAAAAAUAACAGAUCUUAUAAAACAUAUAAAUUAAAUUUUAGAAGAUUGAUCCUACCUUUUAAAUUAAAAAUUUCAUAGGAGAAAGCACUAAUCUAGUUGGUUAAUAAAUUAAGAAAUGGGAGAAAUAAAGCAGGGAAAGAACAGUUAAAGAAUAAUAAGUAAUGAAAGCAAUUAAAUCUUUGCGUCAUCCUUUGAUACUUGAAAGUUACAUGGAAAAACCAAUCUUUAUUGAGUCAAUCAAACCAGAAACACCAUAUGAUUUAGAGGUUCCAUAAUAGAUUUCAUAAAGUCCAAAAAAUGAACAUAUAAAUGAAUAUAGAAUGAUAAAAUCAACUAAGAAGCCUUUGAGUCCACUCAAGUAUUUUAAUGUUAAUUAAGGAAGCUCUUUGAACAAUAUUCUGAAUUAGUUUAAGAGUAAUUUUAGAAUUCUUCAGAAGAGAUGAAAAAGUUAAUUUAAUAGUAUUCAAAUUCAGAAAAAGCUAUAGAUCCUUUUAAACAGAAGACAAAAUAUUGUGAAUAUUUUACACCUAGAUAAAUUUCAAUUCCAAAGAAAAAUUUAUAGAAUAGUUAAUCUUAUAAAUAAAUUGGCAGUCCUAUGAAUAGAAAAAGAGAAUAUUUAGUAUAAAAAAAUAACAAUAAUUUAUAAAAACUGGAUGAUUUAUAAAGUGAUUUAGAUAAUUUCAGAAAGCAUUUAAAAGAAAUAAAAAAAUCAAACUAAUAAUGUUUUCAUAAAAGAUAAUUUUUAAAGGGUAAACUUGAUUUUUUGUUAUGA